UAUCGGUCCGUAAUUAGAAGACAAGUAUUCAUACCAAGGGCUCUGUCAUUCGACAACGAUAUUGUUCAAGAUGCGUGUCGCUCUUGUUUUGGUGGCCUUUGGCCUCGCCAUGGUUGCAGCGGCACCAAAGAACAUCCAGAGGAUCGUCGGCGGGGAGGUGACGAGCAUCGAAAAGUACCCCUUCAUGGCCGCCAUGAUGUAUUCCUGGAACCUGCUGACGUAUCACCAGUCUUGCGGAGGCUCCGUGCUCAACUCCAGAGCUAUAUUGUCGGCUGCACAUUGCUUUGUAGGUGACACCCCUGCAAGAUGGCGCGUCCGCGUCGGCUCCACAAUGGCCAACAGCGGAGGUGUCGUCCACCACCUUCGUGAGAUCUUCAACCAUCCCGACUACGUCCGAGCGACCGCUGGUGCUGACAUAGCUAUACUUCACACAGCGACUACUAUAGUAUUUAGUGAUGUGGUGCAGCCUAUGGUUGUGCCUGGACACAGCUAUGAUCUGCCUCAUAAUGAUUUAGUCGUCGCUAUUGGAUGGGGAACCCUUUCUCCCGGCGGCGUGCAAGCAGAACAGCUCCGCGAAGUCGACGUCUGGUACGUGAGCAACGCCAUCUGUCGCUACCGCUACGCUUAUAUCGGCGUAUACAUCACCAACGACAUGCUCUGCUCUGGCUGGCUCGACGUUGGCGGCAGAGACCAGUGCCAAGGCGAUUCUGGAGGCCCUCUGAUCCAUGGAGGCAAUGUGGUGGUUGGAGUGUGUUCGUGGGGAAACAGUUGUGCUCUAGCUUUUUACCCUGGGGUCAACGCUCGGGUUUCUUCGUUUACUGAAUGGAUUCAGAGAACUGCUUUGAUGGCACUCCGUGUGUGGUUAGACAAGAUGCAUUUUACUUUGGUUUUAGUGGCGGUUUGCCUUAAUGGCGUCACGGCGGUUCCCAGAAACCCUCAGAGGAUCGUCGGUGGCUCCGUGACGACCAUCGACCAGUACCCAUUCGCAGCUCCAUUGUUGUACUCUUGGAACCUGAUCACCUACAGUCAGUCGUGCAGUGGGACUAUCCUCAAUACUAGAUCCAUUCUGUCGGCCGCCCAUUGCUUUGUGGGUGACGCAGCAAACAGAUGGCGAAUCCGCGUAGGUUCCACCUGGGCCAACAGCGGUGGCGUGGUCCACAACGUCAGAUCUAUCCUCAUCCACCCCAGCCAUAAUACCAGAACUCUUGACAACGACGUCGCUCUGCUGCGCUCCGCGACUACUAUCUCUCAGAGUUAUCAGGCGCGGCCAGGCAGCAUCGCCGGCGCCAACUACUACUUAGCUGACAACCAAGCUGUUUGGGCCAUAGGAUGGGGAGCGACAUGUUCCAGCUGCUCUGGUUCUGACCAGCUGAGACAUGUUCAGAUCUGGGUUGUGAACCAGACUACUUGCAAGAGCCACUACCUUGAGGUGGGCGGUAACGUUACUGACAACAUGAUCUGUUCUGGCUGGCUGGACGUGGGCGGGCGCGACCAGUGCCAGGGCGACUCGGGCGGCCCUCUGGUCCACAACAACGUGGUGGUCGGAAUAUGCUCAUGGGGCCAGGGGUGCGCCCAACCCCGGUAUCCGGGCGUGAAUACUAGAGUGUCACGUUUUACCGCAUGGAUACAAGCUAACGCUUAAAUGAAGUAUUGAUUAAAUAAAUUAACGAGUUUUCCAAACCA